AGGCAAGGAGAAAAAAGUUUCAAUUAGAGAGAAGAAAGAAGUUCUGUUGAGGUUUAAAAGAAUCUAGAAAAAAAAAAAAAGAAAAAGGAAAGCAAAGCAUUUGUCUUCGAAGAAUAUUAUUGUAACUCGAUCAGAAAUAAUUAUACUCGGCCGCUUAAUGUCGUUCCCACCGUACCAAGAUAAGAAACCGAUGAUACCAGAAAUCGAGGGUGCUCAAUACAUUCCCACGCCAAUGACGAUACCUCCUUCAUCGACGGUUGCAUCGACACCAACAACGAUGGAAAUGGCGUCGGGCCCAAUCGAUUAUAGCUUGCCCAAAAGAUUGGAUCAGAUUGAUCGAUCUCCUAUAAAAGCCUGGAGCAGAUUGGAAUGGCUCUUAUCGGCGUUCAAGGCCAACGGGCAAAAGUGCAACAUGCAAACUGCUCUCGAAGCUACUUUUCGCGGUGACGAUCUUUUUUAUACAAGUCAAACUCGAUCCCAAGGAUACUCCCGAUUUCCCUCAUCGACGUCAUCCUCUGUGUCCUCUUCCAUGUCCUCCUUAUCGUCGUUCUCAUCCCCUUCGUCGUUUAUUAAGUCAUCCAAAUUAUCGAGAUUAUCCAAAUCGAAUAGUUCAUCGUCUUAUUACCAAUCACCAUCUUCCUCGCAAUCAUUCCAUUCCACGCGAUCAUCAUCCUCGUCGUUACCGUCAUUCUCGUCACUUUCAUCAUCCUCUUCUAAUCAGUCAGUUUCAAUGUUUAAUCGAAAUCAAAAAAACGAAUGCAAUUAUUCUUAUGGCGAUACGAACGAUACAGAAAAUAGAAAAGGCUAGCAAAAAUUUUGUUAAUAUUUGUAAGCUAUUACCGAAACAAAUACUGCAACAUGACCAUAUUAUGUUCAUCUAUUACGAAAUCCAAAGAAUAUAUUAAUUAAUAGCUGUAAAGGUUUUAACAAAAAAUACUCAUAAUUAAUGGGUAAAAUCGGAGAAGAAAAUAGAUUGAUGCGUCUUAUGAAAUCGAAAGGUUUAUCUAAUAUUUACAAUUAACAGACAAAUUAACAAUAGUAGUUAAUAGUCUCUUUGAAUAUUUGAUUUAUUUGUCUGAUGCAUCAUUUACUUCCCUAUGUAUCUAUACCAAAUUUAACUAUACUAGUCAGUAAUCCAUGUAAUGAGAUUGAGUUUCCUAGAAUAAAGAUAAACAUUAUUUAGAUAA